GCUACGGCGACGACUUCGACGACGACCGGCCCGGGGGCGACCCCGCGGGCGCCACCUUCGAGGAGACGCUGGAGGACCUCAAUAGCCUCGACCGGCAUCUUAUGCUCUUCUGUGGCUCCUCCAAUUUGGCGGCCGUGCGGUGGCUUAUCCAAUUGGGAGCGCACUGGGACGCCUGCGACGCCAACAGCACGACAUGCCUCCACGUGGCUUGCCGCUCCGGCACCCUCUCCAUCGUCAAGGAGAUGAUGGAGCAUAAGCAGCUGCUGGAGGCGGUCGAUAUGGCCGGCUGGACGCCGCUACACAUUGCGGUCCACGUCGGCAGACGCGAGGUUGUGAUUAGAUUGCUGCAGGCUGGUGCAAAGCUGAACCAGAGGAACAGCAAGGGUCAAGUGCCGUCGGAGCUUUGCGCUGACAACGGCACCUAUGAGGCGAUUCGCUCCUAUGAGCUUCACCAGCAACAGUCUCCUGGGCAGCCUUGGGAGUUCCCGCUUGACGCGAAUCAGGCGGAGGACAUCGUGGGCAGCCGGCUGCAGUACGAGCCUUUUUUCGUGCCGAGACAGCCGGUCAUCCGAUCCCAGCAGUUCAAGAAGGAGUUUCAGCGAAUAGGCACGCUCGUCUUCAACCGCCAGCCCGGGUUCGGGCUGGCGUUCCUGGUCGCCAGUGGGGUGGCCAGAGAUUACCCGGUGGAUAUGUCCACUUUCCUGCGCAGAAGCAAGGUUGACAUCAAGCAAGUGGGGAACUUCCUUGGUGAGGCUUUCUCUCUGUCGCACACCAUACGCCUGGAAUUCCUGAAUUCCGUGGUCCUGCAAAACACAGGCGUCGUCUCGGCGCUCAUCCAGGUCUUCCACAUGCUGCAGCUGCCGGAUGACCUGCAGAAGAUCAAUCGCCUGGUGCAUGGCGUGGCCAGGAUUUGGUGGAGGCAGCACGAGAGGAUGCAACGGGAAUCCUCCGGCGCGGGGAUCCUAAGGAUAUCACGGCCAGGCGAGAACGGUUCCCUGCAGCUGAACUUGUCACAGGAGCUCUCGGGCCUGGAGCUGAAGCAGUACAUCUCCGCCUCGGACGUGCUGCACCAGCUCAUGUUCUCCACCGUGCUGCUGCACUGGUACCUCUACAGAGACGGGCCCACUGGUCCAAAGAAGGCCGGGUGGAAGUCUUUUGAGUGUCGAUGCAGUAUUUAG